UUUUGGGAGGGGCCAAGGAAAGUCUGUAAGUUUUAUUGAAUAGGGCUGUGUGUUAGGCUGCUGGUGUACCUUUCUUGCUGUGCUCCUGCCUAAACAGCCAGUUAUUCGUUUCCUUCCUACUAGUUGAAAACUUUUCAGCUGCAGAGUGAUCACCCACAGUGCUCCAGAGACAUCAUUCCAACUUCAUUCCUUAGCGCUCAGCAGCUGGUGUGUGACUGACAGGCCCAGAAGCGUGCAUCUGAUUGCUUUCAUAUUCUGAUCUGUUUGGAGUUUCGAAAGCUUGAACACGCACCAUGGAUGACUUUGAACGCCGCAGAGAACUCAGGAGGCAAAAGCGUGAGGAAAUGCGCCUUGAAGCGGAGAGACUAGCCUAUCAAAGAAAUGAUGAUGAUGAGGAAGAAGCCGCCAGAGAACGCCGUCGACGGGCUCGACAGGAGAGGCUGCGGCAAAAGGAAGAUGAUGAUCUAACAGGACAAGUGACAGAGAAAUCAGAAGUUAAUGCCCAGAACAGUGUGGCAGAAGAGGAGACCAAACGUUCUACAACAACACUAACAAACACUCAAGGGGAAGGGGAAGAUGAUGCUGCAAUCUUGGAGAGAUUGGCAAGAAGGGAGGAAAGACGCCAAAAGCGUCUCCAGGAAGCCCUGGACCGUCAAAAGGAGUUUGACCCAACAGUCACAGACGAGGGCUUGUCACUACCAAGCGGGAGAGAGAUAAACAAUGUGGAAGAAAAUGAGACCAUGGGGAAAGAGGAAAAGAUUGAAACCCGCCGAGGACGUUACGAGAUUGACGAAGCCGAAACUGUCACUACAUCGUACCAGAGGAACAACUGGAGGCAAGAUGAAGAAGAAGAAGAAGAAAAGAAAGAAGAAAAAGAUAAGGAGGCGGUGCAGGAGGAAAAGCCAGAGCAGAGAACCAUAGAGGAAAAUCAGGUAGAAGUAACAAUAGAAAAGAAAACAAUAGACAAAGAAGAGGGGCCGGUGGUAUUAGAAGUAAAAACCUUAGAUGUCAAUGUAGAGGAACACAAAGCAGAGAAUGAUAUGAGUAUCCUACUGGUAGGGGAGCCCAGGGCAGGAGUGGGGGCCAUAAAUCUAACUGUAGUUCUAGAUCAUGAGACGCUUAGGAAUGAAGAAGAGGAAAAGGCUGAGGAAGAAAAGAAGAGAACAGAGGAAAGGGAAAGGCUUGAGGCAGAAGAGAGGGAGAGGGUUAAGGCAGAGGAACAAAAAAAAGCUGAAGAAGAAAGAGCGAGAAUUGAAGCAGAAGAGAAAAGAGCAGCCCAGGAAAAAGAAAGGAUUGAGGCAGAGGAGAGGGAAAGGAUUCAGGCAGAGGAGGAGAAGAAGAAAGCAGAAGAAAGGGAGAGGGCAAAGGCAGAGGAGGAGAAGAAGAGAGCAGCUGAAGAAAGGGAGAGGGCUAAGGCAGAGGAGGAGGAGAAGAAGAGAGCAGCUGAAGAAAGGGAGAGGGCUAAGGCAGAGGAGAAGAAGAGAGCAGCUGAAGAAAGGGAGAGGGCUAAGGCAGAGGAGAAGAAGAGAGCAGCUGAAGAAAAGGCUAAGCUAGAAGAGGCAAAAUUAAAGGCAAAACAAAAGGUAGAAGAGAAAAAAAUUGAAGACAAAAAAGUAGAAGAUAAACAAGUAAAAGAGAAGAAAAUAGAAGAAAAACAGGUAAAAGAGAAGAAGGUGCAAGAGGAAAAACCUCAAACAGUCUCCCUAAGAAAACAGGGGGAAGAAAAAGAGGUUAAAGUGGAAGCUAAAAAAGAAAAGUUACCAGACGAGAAACUUCAACCCACCUUCAAAAAACAGCAGAUCAAAGACGACAAGGCUAAUAAGGACAAAGCACCUAAGGAGGAGGUGAAGCCUAUCUGGGAUCGUAAGAAGGGAUUUCCUGAACCAAAGCCACAGAAUGGAGAGCGUUUCCAGGAACUUACUACUCACAAACUUAAACAUACCGAGAAUAUUUUUAGCCGCUCCGGCAUGAAAGCAACUACAAAUGCUGAGGAUGGUAAGCCAGUGUCCCAGGCUGAAGCCGGCAAACGACUAGAGGAGCUGCGCCGUCGCCGAGGCGAAAAUGAGAGCGAGGAGUUUGAGAAGUUAAAGGAGAAGCAACAGGAGGCAGCCGUGGAGCUGGAGGAACUGAAGAAAAAGCGUGAGGAGCGUCGGAAGAUCCUUGAGGAAGAGGAACAGAGGAGGAAGCAGGAGGAGGCUGAGAGAAAAGCCAGAGAGGAGGAGGAGAAGAGGCGGCUGAAAGAAGACAUUGAGAGGAGAAGGGCUGAAGCUGCUGAAAAACGUCAGAAGAUGCCAGAAGAUGGUUUGUCAGAUGACAAGAAGCCAUUUAAGUGUUUCACUCCCAAGGGUUCAUCUCUCAAGAUAGAAGAACGAGCAGAGUUUUUGAACAAAUCCGCUCAGAAGAGUGGUGCUAAACCCACUCACUCUGCAGCAAUUGUCUCCAAGAUUGACAGCAGACUUGAGCAAUACACUAGUGCAAUUGAGGGCACAAAGACUGCAAAACCUGCUAAGCCAGCACCCUCUGACCUUCCAGUCCCAGCUGAGGGUGUCCGUAACAUCAAAAGCAUGUGGGAGAAAGGGAACGUUUUCUCAUCACCCUCUGGGCCAGGGACACCAAAUAAGGAAACAGCUGGACUGAAGGUUGGGGUGUCCAGUCGUAUCAACGAAUGGUUAACUAAGACCCCAGACACCAACAAAUCACCUGCUCCGAAACCUUCUGAUUUAAGACCAGGAGAUGUAUCCAAUAAACGUAAUCUCUGGGAGAAGCAGUCCAAUGAAAAGGCAACCUCUCCUUCUAAGGUAACAGCUAUGGGGAAAAAGUCAGAGACUAAUGCAGGUUUGAGACAAUUUGAGAAAGAACCCUAGGAGGCUACUAAAGAUGCUGGAUCAACUCAUUUUGAAAGUGCUAAAAUGUCCUUUUUAUAUUUAUGUUUAUUUACCAAAACGUCUUUUUUUUGCAUUAUCCCAAUUAAAACCAUGUAUAUUAGCACUGUAUUUAAUAAUCAGUCUAGAUAUUCAUCAUAAUAGUACUGCCUUUGCACAAGAGCCUUUAUUCCUAAAGAAACCCAUGCUGUGAAAUACUCUCCUACUGAUAGUCAUGACUAUGUGUCUGAACAGUGAUUUCAACUGGCAUAAGAGGUCAACCCCGAAAUGCAUGCAAAGUUGAAUUACUUAAGAAAAGUGUGCAGUAAACCCAUAAAAACAGUGGUUACUUUUGGAAUACAGAAGUCUUUUUCUGCACUUUAGACUAAGGCAUGGAAAAAAUCUUUAGUUGACAAUGUAAUAUUUUCUGUAAGUUGCCCAUGUCAUAAAUACUGCAUCAAUAACUUGUUUAAAUUUAUUGUUUUAUACUUUUAAGUAUCAAUUUUUUUUCAUUCUAGUUUAAGUUAAUACCUUUAAUUUGGAUGAUCGUUAGCUGACAGCGGUACUGAUACUCUAUUUUUGUUAGUGAUUAGUAAUUGAUUGCAAUAUAUACACAUAGCUUUACAAAGUUUAGCUUUAAGGCACUACUAAUGGUAGACUGCUUUAAUACAUGCUAGAGUAUUAUAUUUAGUAAUGAAGGCACAUACUUAGCCAGUAUCACAGCUUUUAAAAGUCACACACUUUUCUAUAGUAAGAUUUCAUAAUUUUGCCAUUAGAGGUAUGGCAAGAUGAGUAUUAAUUUUUAAAAAAAUGUAAGAUGCCCAGUAAUGGGUAAUUAAUUAAAAAGAAAACUAUAGUUUUAAAGAGGGGAAAAUAAGGGUAUAGAGGAUCAAAAGUAGGUCACUUGUAUAAAACAUCCUAGUUUAAUUUAUGUAAAACUACCAUCAUUAAAAAAUUUAACACAGUUGGAGCUGAAAUGACUGUACACUAAAUCUUGCCAUUCAUCAGUGCCGUAUAUUAAGACCACCUAACUAUUCAAAGUGAAGUAAGCCUCUAAUUAUGGUGUUUAACUAUUUCCCAAAGCUCUUAUUUACAGAUGUGGUGUUUGAUUUGUAUAUAGUAAACACAAUGCUAUAAGUCAGCUUGGUUUGAAUUUACAUGCCAUAAGGUUUAGCAUUUACAUCCUACAGUAUAUGGGUGGAAUAAACUAGUUAACUGAAGUAGCCCUAAAAUGCUUAACAGCUUUCUGCAUUGGAACUACAGAGAACUCCUCCAUCACUACUUUUAUUUGCAGCAUGUUUUUUGUAGCAGCUGACUUUUUUUUUUAUUAGAGGGGAGAUCAUCAUACUUCAAUCCAAAGAUGAUCUCCUCUGCUUAGCUGAAACAUCUUGUUUACAUAUUGAGAUGCACUUGGCUACCUGUAGGGGGUGAAACUGUGCAAACAAUGGCUGGCAUUGUUUCUGAAUUGUCAUGUUUUUUGUCUUGGGUUUUUGUAAACACUUUUCUCUGAAUCUUUCAAAUACAUUUGAUAGCUGCAAUAAAAAUGACUUGUUCAAACGAUAUACUCAAACUGCACCAAUAAUAAAUGGAAUAUUUCCAUCAACA